AUGAAGACAGAGGCUCUCAUCGAACUUCUCAUCGAAACCAGCAAGCCUGACCCCCGCCCGUCCACCCGCAACCGCUCCUCUUCCUUCCGCAUCGUCAGCAGUCGUCCAGGCUCCAGCAGUGGCAUCAGACAGCGCGUCGGCUCCAUGAUCAUACACGACGUUCCAGACACCCAGGACGAACCGAUGGACGAAGACCUGCCAGAGAGACAGAAUCCAGUUCCCGACCCUGUCGCCCGAAACGGCGCUGCCACCCACCCAGUGCGGCAGCCAGUCACCAACGCCCCUGGGCCCGCAACGCGCACCCGCAACGCCGUCGAGUCCCAUCGCAGGAUCGGUUUGGGGCGGCCUAAAGCUCUUCAAGUGCCUCGUAUGCGUCCUGGUGUGCGGAAUGUCAGUUCGGGCAUACCGAAGAGGACGAGAGGCGGGAGCAAAAGCAUACCUCCGAGCCAGCUGCCCAUUCGAGAAGUGUCGGAAGAGCAAAUGCCGCAAGCUGGGCCCUCAGGUACAAAGCACGACGCCCCAACAGCCCGCUCUUCGCCUCUUACCGACAUUCCUUCUCGUUCAUCAGCCGAAAACAUCUUCAAAUCCCACGAGCCAUCUGCUGUACUGAGUCAUUCGUCGCAAGCCCAAAUAGCCGAAAUGCAAGCAGAGCUAAAACGGCUAACGAGCAAAGCCUCGGAUAUCGACACUUUGCGCGAUAUGGUAGAGGAUCUAAAGAUUGAAGUGGCUGCGCUAAGAUCGCAGUCCAUGACGAGUACGCUUGAGGCUCAGGUGAGAGCACUGCAAGAGGAGAUCGCAUCAUUACGAGUCGCUGCAGCCACGGAUUCUAGCGGAACCAGGACGCUCUCAAGCGACUACCUUGUCGUACCCACUACUUCCAGCUCAAUACCGGGGCCGUCCGAUGAAAACGAAACGCUGUCGGCCUUGGGCAAGCGCAAUAGGACUUUAGAGGACGAUGACAAUAUUGUCGGGGUUAUUGAAGCAGGUGAAGAGGUUGGGAUGAGUGCAGAGGUGUGUCAGACACAUGUCAUACGACCAGCAAGAAAACGUGGGAAGCUGGCAGAGAAGGAACCAAGUCCAGGUGCCUUGGCCCGGUGGGACAGCACAGACGACGUCGAUCAGAUGGACGAGGCGGAAGUGCCACCUCCAAUCCUUCAGGUUCCUCGCGGUCCCGCCUUUACAGUUUUUAGUGGACCCGAGGAACCACCAGAACCACCGGAAACCAACUCCCAAUCUGGUUCGCAAACCCGUACGCCAUCGACUGGUGCAACGCCUAUCAUCGCGACGAGUACUGCGAACGGGGCUGAGAACCAGGCUCCAUCCACGGGCAACAACGCGUUCACGUUCAACUUUGCGACGUCCAUCUUCCAGCGGCCUGCAACUCCGACGCCCGCGGCGGGCGGGCCGAUGCCUGCGCUGGCAGCACCGACGAGCCCGACGCCAGCCUACGUCGAGCGCAACGGCCGGCGGGAGCGCAACGACCCGUUCCACCCGCUCGGGCCGCCGCGACGCCCGCCGUCCCAGGUGAGCCGCACGGCGGCAGCACCACCCACCACCUCCUCGAACGCUCAGCGGACGGGGGAAGCCACCGUCAGCCCCGCGGCGUUCACGCACACGCCGCCGCUUCCCUCCCUCCACGAGGAGCCGCGGUCCACAGCGGAGGGGCAGACGACCACCAUCACCAACCACCCACCGCCGCCACCGCCGCCGGCGGUGGCGACAGCGGCGAGCACGCACCUGCGCGCCCCGCUCGCUGGGAGCUCGAACUCGACCCUACCCCCCUCUUCGUCUGGCGCGCCGCCGCCGCCCGCGGCGCCAACAGCAACGACGGUACAGGCAGCACCAGCGGGGCCCGCGAGGACUGGGAGCUCGGCGAUCCCUGGACUCGCCCUCGUCCCGCUGCCGAGCGCGCCCGAGACGCCGGCGCCGCCGGUGCGGCGGACGAUGUACGGGACGGAGCGCGACAUGGACACGCGCUUCGGGGAUUUUGGGCUCGAGGGGGUCGCGAGCCUGAGCUUCUGGAGCGCGGCCCCCGGGGGGUUCUGA